AUGUCGAUCCUGAUUCAAGACUGCUCGGUGGGCGUAAUUGAGGCCCCCAAGUAUAACAACUUCUUAAUCACAACUUCUCAGUUACACUUUGCCCAUCUAUCACCUCUCUAUUGCUACUUUACUCUCAAUAUGCGCCAGUUCUUCUUUCUGGCAGCCUUCACUGGUCUUAUUGGUCUUGCUAAAAGCGACAACUGGCUGUAUGAUCGCUACCCGGCUCGUAAAGAUGCUGGUUUUGUCGGCAACUUGCCUAACGAUCCACCCCCAGAGUUUCACUCGGAGCCACCUGACCUUUUUGUUGACUGGCUAAGAAGUGUCGUCAACAGAAACGACAGCCUUGAACUGCAGAAUGUCUUCAAGAAUGGCACUAUUCCAGAUCAUGUCAACUCUAUUGAUGAUCUGAUUCUUCAUGUUAAAACGCCAAAAGAACCUACUACCCCAAUUCUUGGCCCACCUAUACCUAUCAAAGCCCCAGCUUACGAUCCUCAAACUGAGGCUGCAAGGUUAUUCCGACACUUGAACUAUCCCUUAGACCCCCGCUGCCUCAUUAACAAAUCUUCCUGGUGGUAUCGCACCUACGAAGGGAACUGCAACUGGCUGAAGCAGAGUGAAACAAGUGAAGGCUCUGUUGGCACAGCUAGACAACGCGAUUAUCAGCAGCACACAUAUGCUGAUGGUAUUUCGAAGCCCAGAGAGGGUCCGAAUGCUAGAGAGGUUAGCAAUGCCUUCUUCAAGAGAAAGAAGAAGAUCUAUUACGAGCAUACCCCUUUGCUUUUGGGAUUAAUAGAGUUCAUUAUGCAUGAUGUUACCUAUAGCCAAGAUUCCACGGAGGAAUCCAUCCAAGUUACGAUGCCUAAAGACGAAGAGGUCUUCCCCCUCAACACUACACUGAAGGUGCAGAGAACUGCAGCAGUGCCAGGAACAGGUACAUCGGAGUCCAACCCUCGGGAAAAUAUCAAUAUGGCCUCCACAUGGCUCGACAUAUCUUCUUUAUAUGGCAGCACAUCUGACGUGGCUCUCCGUCUCCGCUCAAAGGUCGAUGGCAAGCUACUUACGCAAGAAGUUCAGACUCCUGGUACCAAAGCGAGCGCCUCCUACCUUCCAUUCAACACUAUGAAUGUGUCCACCAACACACGUUCUGGUGUCAAAGUGGAAGAUUUAUUUGCAGGCGGUGACCCACGUACCAAUGAGGACUGGUUGCUGCUUGGCGUUCACACACUUCUACUUCGCGAGCAUAACCGCCUCUGUAACAUCUUGAAGAAGCAGAAGCCUGACUGGGACGACGAACAGCUAUAUCAGACUGUGCGGUUGGUCAUGUCUGCAAAGUAUGCGUUGAUAGCCAACUCAUACCAAAUGGCCUACUGGACCGAAGAGAUGCCCUGGCCACGGGACGAUGGGUUCCCUCUUUACCGUCAGAUGUUCGGUGAGAACGCUUUGGAAAUCAAUCCUGCCAAUACCUACCCCUGGCCCCUAGUCACCAAGAAUGGGAAACCUAUGACAGUCUCGGCAGAGAUGGCUGUGGUCUACCGCUUCCAUGAGUUUAUCAUUCCAAGCUUCCCCAUCAAGAAUCAGAACAACGAGACUCUAUGGGAGCAGAACCUUUUCGAUACAGGCUUUAACGCCACCGGCUUUCUCAAUGUCGGUCUAGAAAGGGUCCUUGCCGGCACCGUGGCCUCCCACAUCCCGAACUUCAAAUCUGGAGUUGAUGAGCACUUUCGUAGUGCUGAAAAGUACCGCGGUCAUCAGUUCGAUAUCGUUGUCUCAAGUAUUGUACACGAGAGAGAGCAGGGCCUACCGACUUUCAACCAAUACUUCCGCGAGUAUAACAAACAGAAUCCAAAAGUCGUGGUUCCCAUCCGAGACACAUGGAGCAAGUUCUCUUCCGAUCCUGAAGUUGUUCGAGACUUGGAAAGGCUUUACGAUCAUCCCGAUGAUGUUGACCUCGUGGUUGGCUGUCAGCUAGACGAAGAAUGGUUCCCUGGAACCACAGUCCCAAAAUCAGCUCUUAUCAUCAGCCUUUUUAGUUUGUUCGGCAUGGGAAAUUCCGAUCGCUUUUCUAUUGGCUUCUCGAUGAUGCGUUGUCUCCUUGUUGACCGCCCUUGGGACUGUCAUCCUAGCAAUGCUCUGGAAGACUUGCUCUGGGAGCACAAAAAGGUACCCGGAUUCCCCAACUUUAGGUUUUACAAUGAAUUUUGGUUGAAGGAACUCGACUUACCGGCUCAUGGAACUAAUCUGCUUUGGAGAUUGAUCACUGAAAACUCGGAGAUCAACUGCGUGCAAAGAUCACCACUGUUCCCACACGACAAUAUCACCAACCCCCUCAUGUGUAUUGGCAUCAUGGCAAUCAUCCACUUUCUGCAGUCAUGGCCAUGGGGUGAUGCACCGCCGUCGCACAUCGGUUGGCCGAUCAUAGGCCAAGCUCUCUCCUUUCAACGCAAUCCACUCAAGGUUCUCCGACGUGGUUUCAAGAAGUAUAGCCACUCUGUAUCUCGCUGCUUCGGCAUCAAACUCGCGUCUCUCACGCACUACGUGAUUACAAACCCCAGGGACCUACAGCUUAUGAUGGAUGAUAACACCAGUGAGAGAAAGUUUAGCCUCCACGAGUUCUUAAGAGCCAUAAACUUUGAACUCAUAACCAAAAAGGUGAAUUUCGAGUCGGACUUGCACACCCAAUUAAUUCGGUCACACUUCGGCAAUCCAUCAACCUUGGCACGGUUCCAUCCAGUAAUUGAAACCGCAAGCAAGGACUUCCUCAAAAGAAAGCCUUUGACGAUGGGAGAGCCGAUCAGAAACGCCAACAUCAACAACUGGAUCGAUGAGUAUAUCACCUUUGUGGUAUCUCGCUGUAUCGUUGGACCUGAAGGAUAUGACAACCCUGAGUUGAUCACGACCUUUCUCAAGUUUAACAAUGAUGCUAUCGCUACCAUGGGUUUAUCCUCUAUGCUGCCAGGCUUCCUACAGUUCCUCGCCUCUCGUACUAUUAACAAAGACUUUGAUGCCAUUCGCCGCGUUACAUUGCCCAUUAUCAAAAAAAGGAGAGAGAUGCACGGCAAAACAGAAGAGCCUGUAUUCAUGGACUUCAUACUUGAAGAGGUUGAUGAUGACAACUGUGUCGCUGAUUUAAUCGCCAUUAUCGUUUGGGGAGGAUUAGUCAAUCUCCAAGCUACGUUUUCGUCAACGCUUCUUGACAUUAUCAAUGAGCCUGACGGUCAGUCGAAGCUUCUUCCAACGCUACAGUGCGCCAACGUCGCAGAACUUGACACUUUUCGCUCAUGGGAAAUCGAGUCACCUUGGAAUUCACUUCGAAGUGCCAUGUUUGAGUCUAUUCGACUAUCUGGACCUAUCACUGGCCCGGCGCGUAUUGUCCUUGAAAAGGUCCCUUUGGCAAGCCAACCAUCGAUGAAGCUUCCUUCUCGCUCAGUUGCCACCCUCAGUGCAUACAGCACACAUCGUGAUACGGCAGCCUGGGGCGAAGACGCAGCGACGUAUCGUCCAGCCCGAUUCAUACAAAAAGCUCCUCCAGUUGGACAGCCUGAAUUCAUCACUUGGGGACUCGAAGGACCACAUAUGUGUCCCGGCAGAUGGUUUGGUCAAGCCACGAUAAUGGUUAUGACUAAGUCUGUUCUUGAGACUUAUAACUUUAAGCCAGAACGAAGACUUUCCGAUGAAGAGAAGUAUGUGUACACUGCGGGUAAUGUAGGGCGCGUGCCGGUUGGAAUGGAGGUAGAGCUGAGAGCUAAGAACUAA